ACCAUUCAAAUGAUGGUGGUGCUAAACAUUAGCUCCUUAGUGCUAGUUCUGGUGGCGUUGGGUGGCAUCGUCCAUGGCAAAAGUGUAGCGAAUGACGCAAAAGUACUGUGUUUCUAUGAUGGAGAAGCUGCUUUAAAGGAUGAUCCCCUGACUGGAAAAGUGACCUUGGUAGACAUUGAGGUAGCAUUGCCGUACUGCACACAUCUAGUGUAUGGAUAUGCUGCAAUUGAUGCGAAAACAUAUCAGCUAAAGCCCCUCAAUGAAGCGCUCGAUCUGGACACUGGAAGAGGCCAAUACCGUGCAGCUACGACUUUAAAAAGUCGGUUCCCUGGUCUCAAGGUUUAUUUAAGCGUCGGUGACUACUAUGAUCUAACCGAGGAGGAUAACUCUGAGAAGUAUUUGGCUCUGCUGGAAUCAGACGACUCCAUAACGGCAUUCGUGAACAGUGCACGUACUUUGUUGAAGGAGUACGGCUUCGAUGGUCUCGAUCUCGCGUGGCAAUUCCCUCAACCGGCACCAACGCAAACUACCGACCACAUCUUGGAAUCGAAAGGUUAUGCACAUCGUGAUGGAUUUACCAAAUUGAUUCGCGAACUGGGGGAAGCGUUCGGUGCAGAUGGUUUAGACCUGGGAUACACAAUUCCACCGCACGUCAAUGAAAGCUUCUUCCUGGACAUAGAACAAUUGAACGAAUGGUUGGUGUACGUUAACAUUAACGCGUUUGACCAGAACAACCAGCGUCGCAAUCCAGAGGAAGCCGACUACACCGCUCCGAUAUACGAGGGUCCAGGACGGGCUCCAGGAAACAACAUUGAUGCAAAGGUUAAGCUAUGGAGCUCAGCGGGAACCCAGCUCGAUAAAAUCAUUGUUGGUAUUCCUACGUUCGGACGGGGUUGGAAGUUGGUGAAAGAAUCCGGCACGACCGGUGUUCCUCCCGUUCGCGCGGACGGACCGUCGUCGAUCAAGUCACUCUCGACCUAUGCUGGUUACUACAGUUUCACCGAAGUGUGUGCCAUUCUGACCGACACAAACCAUGGUUCCAUGAACAAGGUUCAUGAUCCCCGAUUUGGACCUUAUGCAUUCCGGGUCGCUGAUGAAACGGAGGAGAAUGGUAUUUGGUUAUCGUAUGAGGAUACAGAAAGCGCUUCCAACAAGGCGCGAUAUGUGAAGGAAACUGGGCUUGGGGGAAUCGCAGUCAACGAUCUGGCGGACGAUGACUAUUUGGGACGCUGUACGGGCGAGAAGUUUUCCAUUACUCGAGCAGUGAGACAAAACCUGUAAAAUAAGGUAGAAUAUAAUACAUUGUUCACAUUUUAAUCUUUGUUACUAAUUUAACGAUUCUAAUAAAUGCUUUG